AUGGCGACAGGCGCAGUAGUUGGUCAGUCUGGAUACGAGGCUUUUUUCGCGGGCAGGAAAAGAGCCCACCGAUCAAAAGGGUCCGCCGGAAUUCAUAUCAAGAAAAAGGAGGUGCCGCUGCCCCACGACGACGACGACGACGACGAUGAUGUUCAGAGUCUUAAGAGAAGAAGAUUAGUCGAGAAAUCAUCAAAAUCCGGCUACGGAAACAUAGACGACUACGAGUGUCUCGACAAGAUCAGCCAGGGCGCGUACGGCGCCGUCUACAGAGCACGUCACAAGACGACGAACGAAAUAUACGCUGAGUAUGAUCUUCACGAGUACCUCAAGAGGCCCUCCUUCACUCUGCCUCAAGUCAAGCGCCUUAUGAAGGAGCUACUUGAAGGAGUCAAUCAUCUUCAUCAGAAUCGGGUGAUGCACAGGGACCUGAAGCCUUCCAACGUCCUUGUUGACGCCAUGGGCAAGCUCAAGAUAUGCGAUUUCGGGAUGUCCCGUCAGUUUCCAAGCGCGCUGGAUCCUGUCUGCACCCCUCACGUGGGGACCCUUUGGUACAGGGCUCCCGAACUCUUUCUCGAGGCCCACACCUACUUGUCGGCUGUUGAUAUGUGGUCGGUCGGCUGCAUUAUGGCGGAGUUCUUCUUGAGGCAAGUGCUUUUCAAAGGGGACUCGGAAAUCGAUCAGCUUCGGAUUAUCGUGACCAAUCUCGAGCAGCCUCAUGGUUUGCUGCGCGAAAAGUUUGGUGCUGCCACUGUUUCGGAAGAAGGUGGGCUGUUGCUUUCGGAGAGUGGGUUUCAGCUGCUCUCACGGCUUUUGUGCUACGAUCCGCAGGAAAGGAUAACGGCUCAAGACGCGCUCAAACACGAGUGGUUUUCCGAGUCAUAG